AGCCAUGCUUAAGACUGUUGCUAUCCUGUUGCUAGGCGCCUUGGCCGCCAAUGCUAACUACUACGGUGGAGAGUUUGGCGGGAAAUUCGGCGGCCUCAGCUCAGGUUUCGGUGUCGGCCAUGGUCUUGAUGGUGCCGGCCUCGGAGGGUGGGGAGGCAUCGGGGGCCACGGACUCUCGGUCGGAUACGGAAAGGGAGGCAUGGGUAUCGGCGGCGGUUUCGGAGGUUGGGAACCGGUUGGGUUCGGCGCAAAGGGAGGCUUCAGUAUGUCUAGCGGAUACAGAAAUGCGGGUCUUGGUAUUGGAGGCAGCGUUGGCGGUUUGGGAUUGGGAGGAAUUGGCGGAACAGGAGGCUUCGGAAUCGGGAGCGGAUACGGAAAGGAAGGUCUUGCAUUUGGUGGCGGGCUCGGCGGAUGGGGAGAUUCCACGAGUGGUUUAAGAAAGGGAAGUCUGAACGGAGGCGGUUAUGGUCUCGAUGACGGAUACGGUCUUUUGGUAGCCGGAAGCAAGGUUGGAAUCGGUCUUGACGGUGGAUUUGAAGGUUACGGUCUCGGUGCUGGAUACGGAGCAGGUCUCAGAGGAGCCGGAAGCAAUCGAGGCUUUGGACUUGAAAGCGGAAUUGGUGGGUACGGUCUUGUUGGCGGAUUCGGCGGGGAGCGCGGUCAGGCAGAUCUGAAGGGCGGUUUUGCCAACGGAUUUGGACUGCGCGGUGUCGGUAUGACGGAAGGCUUCGACAACGGUUUCGACAACGGGUUCGACAACGGGUUUGACAACGGAUUCGUCUCCGGUCGUGGUAUUGUAGGACAAUCCGGUGCUGAAUCUGGCAUCGGCGGUCGCCUCGGACAAGGCCACGAUAACGGGUUCGUCUCCGGUGGUCGCGGUCUGGUCGGAGGUUUCGGUACCGGGUAUGGACAAGUGGCCGGAUUUUCUGGCGGCACGGGAUUCAACAUGAACAACUAA